AUGGCGACAUGCAUUUCUCUUCAGAAUUCGACGACUUGUUCCGCAUUCAAUGUCUCCUCUAUAUCGACAACCGAUACUACUGUGGUCGGCUACUACCCAUUCCUUAAAAACGUUCACAACGUGGAUGAAUUCGACCGGCAAUUGACCGCUUACGCCAAUAAUGCCUAUGUCCAGCAGCAAUAUGCAUCUCGCAUAGGUUGUACCGCAGUCAACCUAACAGACACCAGUGAUUAUUAUGCUCGCUACACGAUUAGUGUGAUUUGCAAUGGUAUCGUACAAAACUCAAAGAUUCCUUGCGGUCUGACUGAAUCCCAGUCCCCGCCGCUCUGUGCAACUACAUGUGCUUCGUAUGCGACAAGUGAAGAAGAGAUUGCAAUCAACCGCCAAACAUGUGCCACAACACUCCCAACAUACAUGGAUCAAAUUCGUGCCGACUUCAUCGUCUGCUCAAUGCCCGCCGACUCUCUGACAGGCUUAUGUAUUACCGGCGAGAUGAACGAACGCGAGAACUGCGGCUACAGCUCGAAUCUCCCUGGCUUGUGUAGCUAUUGUGCAUCAAGUUCACCAAACGCGACCGACUCUUGUUGUAUCAACUCCAAAGCAUCCACCCGAUGCUCCAAUGUCGAUAUCCCCUCUACUUCUUCGAUUCCGCCUCUCUUCACCGUCACUGCGAUGGCUACUACAACCCCUGACUCCGCAGGUAAUUCAAGUGGUUCUCAUCUUUCAGGUGGCCAAAUCGCAGGUGUCGUAGUGGGAUCCGUUGCAGGUAUCGCCAUUCUUGCGGGUCUUAUAAUGUUCCUCCUCUUCUGUCUGCGCCGGCGCCGCAACUCAGCAAACAGCGAUGUCUUCAACAAACCCACGCCCAAGAGAAGUAACCAGCCAAUGCAGAUGGCUCCUGUGGUUGCCGCGCAACGCAGUCUUGAGCCUGUGCCUGGUGGUCGUGUUGCAAGAAUGUCAGCACUACAAGCCGAGGUAGAUGACUCCGAUCGUGGUGCUAGCCGAGGUAUGUUUGCGGCCGCAGGAAAGUAUAGCGACACGUCCGACUCGGAAGGAUUGGUUUCCAGCCCUGAAUCCCGUUCUCGACGAAGAGCGCCUGUGGCCGGCAGACGUCAGGGUUCCCUUUCUAGUACCUCUGUAUUGGGAAUGGAUGCAGAUAGUUCACCCCUAUCAGGCACGGCCGGUCAAUUUUCGUCUCCUGACGGUGUUGCGAGUGGACAGUCAGAGCAGUUGCCUUAUUUCCGCGAUUAUUAUUCACAGGAUGAUAUUCAUCCUAACGACAAGGUUUCUGUGCUGUGGGCGUAUCAACCUCGUGCAGCGGAUGAGUUUGAUUUGGAUCGGGGAGAUAUGCUGAAAAUUGUUGGUAUUUGGGAUGAUGGUUGGGCAACGGGUGUACGCAUCAAUGACCGAGCGGAGGACUUUGAAGACGAGCACAACGUUCAACGUGAUAGUGGAGUAUCGAAUGGUUCUCAGGCAAGACGCAAUUCAUCGCCUCAGCCGCGAGGGGAGAUCAAAGCAUUCCCUCUUGUCUGUGUAUGCCUGCCGCACCAUUGGAGGAAAAUCAUCGACGGCGAUAUAGUCCAGGCGGGAAGCCCUUGA